AAACGCAUUUGAAGAAAAUUUUGGAGGAAGGCUGCACUGGUGGUUGGAUAUCCGAGAAAAUGAGGGAUGCGAUGUACGUGGAAUAUCCGCUUUGGCCUAUAGUGAAAACGGACAGAGAAUUGACUGCGGUAAACUCAAAAAGGAUUCGGUUUGGCCAUAGGAGAAACAAGAACCUUAAGGAGCUACUGUCAUCCGCAGAUCCGGUAAAUAAAUAUGAUAACAAUCAGAGGGGUGUACAAAAAAUGGGCUCAUUUCAAUGUGGUAACUGCGUAAUGUGUAAUACACUGAUUCUGGGGAAAACAUUUUUCCACCCACACACUGGGAAGCCAUAUGAUAUAAAGCACAGACUUACCUGCACAUCCCGAAAUGUGAUUUAUAUAAUUAAAUGCCCCUGCGGUCUUAUAUACUGCGGGAAGACUAAUAGACAAUUACGUGAAAGGAUUAGUAUGCAUCGUUCAACAAUCCGGGCAGCAUUGGAACCUAAACCAAAGAAAAAUGUCAAACAGGAUAUAUCUAAACAACCAGUAGCCCAACACUGGCUACAAGCUAAACAUCCUGCCUCUUCUUUUAAAUGUAUGCCUAUCGACUGUAUCCAGGAUACCCCAAGAGGAGGGAACACAGACCGUAUGUUGCUCCAGAGGGAGGCAUUCUGGACAUAUGAACUGGACUGCGUGGCUCCAAGGGGCCUAAAUACGGCAUUGCAGUUAAAUUGUUUUGUAGCCACAGGAUAAGUAGAUAGACUAUAGUAAUUGAUCAGUAUGGCUUAUAUACUCCGUGGACAUGUUCAUAUAAUCAUAUAUUAUGGAUCAGUUGGAUUGGAGACAUAUAGUGAAAUAUAAAAAUAUAAAAAUAUAAAAGUAAAGUAAACUAAAUCAAAU